CGAUCCGAGCGCAUCUCGAACGACCCGGUGGGAGGGACGACGAAGUCAAGCAAGAAUAAUAUCAACCCCUCUCUUCGUCCGUCGUCCUCAUCAGCACCAAUUGAAGUCUCUCGCUCUGGGCAAAUUCGCGAUCGAAAGUUUCGUGCUCCGCCUGAACUAUUCCGGGUCUGUUUGGUUGCGAUAGAACGAGAUGUGGGCAGCAUCUUGCCUCGCGUCCUGCUGUGCUGCUUGCGCCUGCGACGCCUGUAGGACUGCGGUGUCGGGAAUUAGCCGGAAGUCAGCUCGUAUUGCUUACUGUGGGCUCUUCGCGCUUUCUCUGAUCGUCGCAUGGAUUCUCCGCGAAGUUGCAGCACCUCUCAUGGAGAAGAUCCCUUGGAUCAAUCAUUUUCACAAAACACCGGACAGGGAGUGGUUUGAAACUGAUGCGGUGUUGAGGGUGAGCUUGGGGAAUUUUCUCUUUUUCACAAUUCUGGCUGUUAUGAUGAUUGGGGUGAAAAAUCAAAAGGACCCUCGUGACGGUAUUCACCAUGGCGGAUGGAUGAUGAAAAUUAUUAGCUGGUGCCUGUUGGUAAUCUUCAUGUUUUUCCUUCCAAAUGAGAUCAUCAGCUUUUACGAGUCCAUUUCAAAAUUUGGCUCGGGAUUCUUUCUUCUUAUUCAAGUUGUCCUUUUGCUGGAUUUUGUUCAUGGAUGGAAUGACAAAUGGGUUGGAUAUGACGAGCAAUUUUGGUAUAUUGCUUUGUUUGUGGUUUCCCUUGUUUGUUACGUGGCCACCUUCGCCUUCUCUGGGGUCCUCUUUCAUUUCUUCACACCAUCUGGACAUGACUGUGGGCUGAAUACCUUCUUCCUCGUCAUGACUUUGAUCUUGGUGUUUCUUUUUGCUGUGGUUGCCCUGCACCCUGCAGUAAAUGGAAGCAUCUUGCCAGCUUCAGUUUUGUCUUUCUACUGCAUGUACCUCUGUUACGGUGGGCUUGCCAGUGAACCGAGGGACUAUGAGUGCAAUGGUCUUCAUAGGCACUCCAAAGCUGUUUCCACAGGGUCCCUUACUCUAGGUCUGGUCACUACUGUUCUUUCAGUGGUCUAUUCUGCUGUCAGAGCUGGAUCUUCUACAACUCUUCUCUCCUCCCCACCUAGUUCACCUCGCGCGGGUGCAGGCAAGCCAUUGCUGCCCCUGGACAACAAGGCGGAAGAGCAGGAAGAGAAAGAGAAGUCUAAGCCGGUCACCUACUCGUACUCUUUCUUCCAUAUCAUUUUCUCUCUCGCGAGUAUGUAUUCUGCUAUGCUUUUGACUGGGUGGUCGACGUCAGUCGGAGAAAGUGGAAGGUUGGUGGAUGUUGGUUGGCCAUCUGUCUGGGUUCGAAUUGUUACCUGCUGGGCCACUGCAGGCCUCUACAUUUGGUCUUUGGUUGCUCCUAUUUUGUUCCCAGACAGGGAAUUCUAAGCCAACCCAUGAUCAUUGGAAAAGCUGCAAGUGCGUAUGAACCAUAUAUUUCACAGCAACUGAUGAAGUCUCUGUUAUUUUGUAUGCCGUGACCAGGAUUUGCUCGACUUGCCCUUCGCCCCCCGCUGUACGUAAAGGUGGUUGUUUAUGACAAUAUUAUUAUGGCUUCACGUGUUAGCUGUAAAGUGUGACCGAAGAUGUGAUGUUCUGCAUAUUUUAUGCACUUCAGCGUGUUAUAAAUUGCAGUCUGCAUUGACACU